CCUCCCAUGGCAAAAAGGGAACGCAAAGUUUCACCCAGCCUUACUUUAAAUGAUGUAUUCCCGGAUCCCAUGUCUCCGUCUUCGUCGUCAUCGGCUAGCAAAGAUGAAACAUUCGAACCCACAAUUGAAAUGAUGGUGAACGACUUCGAUGACGAACAGACGCUAAACGAAGAAGAAGCUCUAGGAGCACUGGAGGAUGCCGAGGAGGAAAUCAAUACUCUAAAGCAAGAAAGUGAAAUUCCUUUGGAAGAACUAUUAGCUAAGUAUCAGGCAUUGCCGCCUAUGGAGUAUGAAGAGCCACUUCGGAAGAAAUCCAAAAAAUCCAGCAAGAAGAAACACAAAACGAAACAGAGAUCACUGCCAACGGCUGUCUCAGCAGACGACGUUUGUGGUGGUGAUGAUGAAGAUGGUGAUAAGCAAAGGAUAAGGAUUGAGGAGGAAGUGGCGUCUAAAUCAAACACGGACGUUGUGAAAAACAACGAGGACUAUACAAUCACUAGCGAAAGUAAUGAUGAAAAAACUUCGAUCGAACAAGACAAACUACAGGAGGAGGAAGACGAUGAAACGGUAGAAGACGACGAAUGUAAAAAUGUCGAUGAAACUGAUAUACCGACAGUAAGAAGAACCCAUUUAUUGGAUUUGUAUCCGGAAGGUACAUUUGGCAAUGUGGCCGACGUAGAAAAAGACAUUCCCUUGGAAACUCUUUACGGCGUGGAAGAUGACGAGGAGGAGGAGGGUGUUGAUGAUGAAGAAGAUGAGGAAUACAAGAAGAAAGUAAUGAUAGGUCCUUCAUACCAGGCCUUUAUCCCUGGACUUUCUCAGUACGGGGAUAUUUUGCCAUAUGAAAAUGAGGACUUGCUGAUAUGGGAACCUAGUCAGGUUACGGAACGAGAAGUAGAGGCAUAUUUACUUAAGAUAAGAGAUAUCAAUAGGAAUCAAGGGGCGGAAGAUGAAAAUGCUGAUUCCUUCGAGUCCGAAAAUACUACAGCAGUAAAAGAGAAUGGCGAAGCUCUGGAAUCAACCCAUGAUAAUAUAGAGAACAAUUCGUUAUUGGCGAAUGGUGAAAAGAAAACAAGUCCACAAGCAAGUUUGUCAUUGGAUGACGCUCCAGCUGUUGUUAAGGACAAUGAACAGGCCUUGCACCUGCUGGUCCAGUGUGGUUAUGAUUUUAAGGAAGCUCUACGGCGAAAACGUUUAAACGCUCUACCCAUGACGGACAGCAUGAGCCUGUGGUCUGAGGAGGAGUGUCAAAAAUUUGAAGAGGGUAUACAAAAGUAUGGCAAAGAUUUUCUAAAGAUUCGUCAGAAUCAGAUUCGAACCAGAACCAUGCGCGAGCUAGUACAAUUUUACUAUUUGUGGAAGAAGAGUGAAAGGAGGGAUCACAAUUUCGCAAAUACCGAUACCGUGGAUCAUAUGGACAUAUACUUAAACGAAGAUAAUGAGUAUGGUUCGAAUCCUGCAUCAGUAACAACCCCAGUUGGUUCACCGGUUAACAAUGUAAAUUCGGCAACAAAUACACGGAGGAAUUCACAGAAAAAUGUAUCCAUAAUGUCGUCGAACACCGCAGUUUCCACGACUACGACGACGGGUACCACCAGCAAUGCUGCUGUAGUCACAAACACAGAAAAGUCUUCACAUAAGCGACGUUCCAGCUGUAAUGUGAAUAAUGAAUCUAUCACAACAGAUAAAACCACGUCUACAAUAGUGGUAUCAACUUCCUCCGCGGCCAUGACAAAAUGA